UCCCAACUUUUCCUUCUCUCUCAAAAGCUUCAAUAUCCACAUUUCUCUCUCAUCAUCAUAAGAUAGAACAAAUCUUUAUAUGGGUUUUCUUGAGUUUGCGUUUCCUACAUCAAUAUCAUCAAGCACUGUUCUUUGGAGUAUUCUUAUCUGGAUUCUCUAAAACCCCCAUUUUUGGUCUUUGACUUGCUUCAAAUAUAUGAACAAACAAGGGUUCUCUCUCUAAAGCUCUCUGGUUUUUUGGGUGUGGAAUCUUGGUGGAUUUUUUAACCUCAACAACAUCUCUCCAAUGGCUUCUUCAUUGAACCCCAUUAGUUUUCCUGGUUAUCCUACUUCGUUUAACGAAACCCUAAUCAAAUCAAAUAGACCCCUUACCCCUUCAGUUCACGCCACAGAUUUCUUGACCAAAAGAUCCCAACUUUUCUCAGUUCAGAAGGGUUUAACUUCAAGUUCUUGGCAUGCGAAAACCCCUAUUCAUGCACAUGCAUCAAUUUGUGUGAGCAAAUCCAUGAGAUGGUGGGAAAAGACGCUUAAACCCAACAUGAUUGAGAUUAAUUCAGCCCAGGAAUUGGUGGAUACACUAUCAAAUUCAGGGGAUAGAUUGGUCAUUGUGGAGUUUUAUUCACCUGGUUGUGGUGGUUGUAAAUCUUUACACCCCAAGAUCUGUCAACUGGCUGAGUCAAACCCUAAUACAAUUUUCCUCCAAGUGAACUAUGAAGAACUCAAACCCAUGUGUCAUUCUCUUCAUAUUCAUGUUUUGCCCUUUUUCAGAUUCUACAAAGGUUCCCAAGGCAAGCUUUGUAGCUUUAGCUGCACCAUUGCAACUAUCAAGAAAUUCAAAGAUGCGGUGUCAAAGCAUAAGAAUGAUGCGUGUGAUCUAAAUCUUGGUCCAGCCAAAGGAUUAGAGGAAUCUGAGCUGUUGACUUUAUCUUCAAUUGGUCAAAUUUCAUAUCAUUUGCCACAAAAGUCAAAUGAGGAAGAUGUGGUUCUUGAAGAGAUGAAUCCAUCUAUUAACAAAUUACUUCUUGCAUAGGUUUUAGAUGGUAGUUCGAUUUCUUUGCAAACUGCAAAGGGAGUAUUUUUCUAGUGAGAAUGUUCGCUCGAACCCUUGUAAAAACCGAGAAAUUUUGGUGCAUCGGAUUGGGUGAAGAGAUGGGAGGUUAAGUUUUUUGUACAUAUCUUUUUAAACCUAAAAGUGGGGUUUGUUGGUUUUUAGUUGAAAGAUAAGCCCUACUUGUUUGAUGUUUGAUCAUUAUGUCGUUAAAGAUUGUAACUUGUGAUUUGCUGUUAUUAUCUUAUUGUUUUUAUUGGAGAUUGGUACUAAAUUGUAUUCUUUCAUGGGAUUUUAAUGACAAAAAUGUUGAAUCUUAUUGAUA